CAGUGUGUGAUCGUGGGGAACACCGCCAGAUUGUCCUGCCUGUAGAAGCCUGCAUAAGUGUGCUCUGGUGCUUGGAAGUUUUGGGAAGCUCUGCAGUCAUGAAGUUCAGUUCAGGCCCCUCGCUGUGGCCUCUGGCCCUGUUCAUAUCCUCCUUGCUCACUGGACUUUCAGCACGAGAAGAGCUCCCAAUAACCAAUCUCACCGCUGAGUUUAACCGAAUCUCUUUAUCCAGACUAAUAGAGCUACCACCCUCGAAAACCAAUCUUAACCGAAUCUCUUUAUCCAGACUAAUAGAGCUACCACCCUCGAAAACCAAUCUUAACCAAACCUUGUUAUCCAGACUAAUAGAGCUACCACCCUCGAAAACCAAUCUUAAUCAAACCUUGUUAUCCAGAGAAGUAGAGCUACCACCCUCGAAAACCAAUCUUAACCAAACCUCAUUAAUAAGACGUGUAAAGCUAACACCCCCGAGACUCAACUUCACCGAAGAGUUUAACAAGACCCACAUCUCCAGACUUGUAACCCUAACACCCCACACGAUCCAUACUAUCCAGAAUUUGGGAAAUAUCAAUGUGUUCGGGUUCCAGCCCCCCUCGCAUGGCUUCGCUCUGCUCUGGUGGCUGUGCUCGACAGAGACGUACAUUGACAUCAACGGAGACACUGUGCUGUUCAGCAAUCCCAAUGCAGGCAAUUACGGAUUUCAUCGUUUCUACAAUUUAUUUGACAACAAUUUAGGAGACUAUCUCUUGCCUGUUGUUGCUGGCGCCCAUUACUACACUGUUGGAAACUUAAACCCUAACACACACCCAGGGGCAGGACAAUUGCCAUAUUUUGUCAGGAGGUACUAUAAUAGGAAUCUAUUGAACAGCAACAGUGAACGACUGAUUAUUUUAAACACAUGGGUCCAUAAUAGCGUCUUCAAUGUAGAGCGUAUUUAUAUCACCAACCAUUACCAACCAGGGUACGAAAUUGCUGCCAACCUUGUCGUCCAAAUACGAAACCUGAACCUCAACAAUUUUUUAACCGCGGUGGGUUACCCCAGUUACAGCCCUGCGGUCUGCCAUGUCGUACCUCAUCCGGGGCGGAGAAGGAAGAGAGAGGCUAGCGAUUGGGAAUGUAUUGACAUGUUGAAAUCUGAAACCAGUGUCCAGGUUGUAGCCAGGGACGGAUACGCAACUCUGCUCUGGGAAAAUAUACCCUGGAACGAAUACUACAGCUGGAUCGGUUUGUACAAUUCCGAAACUGAGGGCGACAAAAACUAUAUCGCAGACGCUUGGCAGUGGACUUACAAUGCACAGAGCAGUUCUUAUGAAACCAGCACUCAAAUUCACCCCGGGAUGCAAGCACGUUUUUUCAGAAGAGAGUAUGCCAGGUUUGUCCUGAAAAGUCCAGGGAUAGACGAAGCGUGUUGGGAGGAACCGGUGCAGUUCAGCAACGACGAGAACUUCCUAGUCCACCUAGUGUUUCGCACAUUCUACGCGGAAGUGAAGCUGUACGUCAAGAACUCUCUGGGAAGCAACUGGAAAUAUAAAGACAAGUAUUAUUAUAGCUGGGUUGGGUUUUAUUAUAGAGGUGCUCCCAAUAAUUCCUAUCAAUCUUGGCAGUGGCUGUACAACUUUGAGAAAAUUGGUGAAAACUCAGACUACAAUGUUUAUACUGAUGGGCUUAACAAAGAUGGCAUCACCGCAGGUUUGGAAGUGCGAGUUUUUUGCAAUAGAGGAUACGAUUGCUUGAUCGCGACAACUCCAAGCUGGUCUUGUUAACAAUGUGAAUCUGUGACAUCGAUUGAUCUGUCUGUCUAUCUAUACAUCUGUCUAUAAAUCUGUCUAUCUAAAAUAUCUCUCCCCUAUCCCUCCCCCUCUCUCCCUGUCCCCUCACUCUCCCUCUCCCUCUACCUCCUUCUCUCUCCUCUCCC